CCGCCGACCGAAGGAUGAUGAGAACCGAAGGAUUUUGGUUCUGGGAUGCCGGAGAGUCGCCUUCCUGGCAUCAAAGUGAAAUACCUCUUCUUCGCCUGGCUGGGCAUUUUCGUGGCCAGCUGGGUGGUCUACAUCCAUUACUCCUCCUACUCCGAGCUCUGUCGGGGCCACGCCUGCCAGUUGAUCAUUUGCGAUCAGUAUACUAAAGGAAUCAUUUCUGGGUCAACGUGCAAGGACCUCUGCGAGGACCACACCUUGGUGUUCCAGCAAUGCCUGACGUCUUCCCCCACCCAACAGGAAGCAGCCCCCCUUACCUGCCUGAAGGAGGUAAUCAUCAAAUGUGGCAUCGAAGAAGCCUUGAAGGCGGACGGCAGCCCAGAGACAGCCCCCAGGAGAGACGUGGUUCUCUUCAACAAGCCGACCCGGGGGACCUCCAUGGAUGAAUUCAGAGAGAUGCUCCUGGACUUUUUAAAAUCAACUCUCGGCGACCAGGCCUCCCUCGCUAACCUGGUGAACAAAAUCAUAGCGAUGGCAGAUGUCAGUCGAGACGGGAAGCUCUCUCUGGCGGAAGCGAAAUCCAUUUGGGCCCUUCUUCAGCUGAACGACUUUCUGCUGACCCUCUCCCUGCACGAGAAAGAGCACACCCCGAGGCUGCUGGGACACUGUGGGGACCUCUACGUCACGGAGAAGGUCCGCCACACCUCCCUCUACACGGUGGACGUCCCACAGCUUCUGCAGCCGCUGUUGCCUUCCGCCGUCCACCGCAUGGUCCACCAGUGGUUUUCCCCAGCCUGGCCCCGGCGGGCCAAAAUCGCCAUCGGCCUCUUGGAAUUUGUGGAGGAGAUAUUCCACGGGACGUACGGCAGCUUCUACAUCUGCGAGACGGGCUUCAAGAACGUCGGCUACAACGAGAAAUACGACUUCAAGAUGGUCGACCUCCGGAAGGUGGCCACGGAGAUGGCCAUCCGGGGGUUCCUCAAGGGACGCCACUGCGAGCAGAACGCGGACUGCACGUACGGGACGGACUGCGUGGCCCCCUGCGACAAGCUCAUGAAGCAGUGCAAGAGCGACGUGGUCCAGCCCAACUUGGCCAAGGUGUGCGGCCUCCUGCAGGAGUACCUGCUCCACGGGGCCCCGAGGGACCUGAAAGAGGAGCUGCAGAAGCAGCUGAAAACCUGCAUGACGCUGAGCGGCCUGGCCAGCCAAAUGGAGGUGCACCAUUCCCUGGUGCUCAACAGCCUCAAGACUCUGCUGUGGAAGGAAAUUUCAAACACCAAAUAUUCAUAGAGGUAACAGCAGGGGGUGGGGUGGGGGGUGGCUUGGGAAACAAGGGUCCCUCAGAGGAAGUCAAGAGCGACACAUCCUUUCAUUUAGCUCCCCUCGCUUGGCCACCCCCCCAAAAAAACCCCCAGGACUGCACCUUAGACCCAUCCGAGGAUCACAGAAUAGAAACCACAGAAAGCGCCCCCAAAGGUUUGCAAACGAGGUCAGAGCAGAGUGGAC